UGAUCAUGUGUGUGUGUCCGGAUCUACAUGCCGGACCGGUUUCGCGUCUCCACAACAGUUCACAUAGAUUGCAAUUGUAGUUUCUUCUAUUUUUUAUUUGUUUAUUUAUUUCUGGGUUUCGUGAAAAACUACAUUUUUGUAAACCUGUAGGAGGGAAGGGCUUUUCAACUGUUUUCAUGAUUUCGGACUUCAUUAAGAAUCUGCAAGAGGAGGAGGCACAUCAACUCUGAGAGACGGCUGUUUCCAAGAUGCGUUUUGAGAACAUGGGGACAGCAUGAUUGGAGCAUCCAGUGUCCCGGGUCACACCUUGAUAGCGUGCCACUUUCCCAUGGUGCAACUCCCCACAUGGCAGCUUCCUGUCAAGUCCCUAUGCGCUUCAGCCAAGAGGUCCAGCCGGCUGUGCUCGUCGGGUCUGACCCGGGCAGUGUCCCUCCCAGAGCAGGACACGCUCGCCAGAGAACAAUGCUUCACGGGUGGACGAAGACCAUUUUCCAGCAGCUACAGUAGCCUUCGUGAGGAUCGGGUGGAGGAAGAGGGGACCAGCGACAGCAGCGGGAGGGAUGACUCCAACUCGUCACCGGAAGAAACAAGCUCCAACACCAAGGAGGAAAGCUGUGGAGCGGGAACCACCCUGCGCUCACAAAACUCAUUCCUUCCCAAACCAGAACUAGAUGAGGAAGAGGAGGACGAGGACAGCGAGGGAGAUAAUCUCCACAGGUAUCGCGAGGAUUCCUCUUUUGUGUUGCAUGGAAACUCUAACUGGUCGCUGCAUAAUGGUGGUAAUGAUGCAUUGCUCCAUGAUGAGCUUGAUAGCGAAUGGAUCAAUGAAGGGCUAAUGCUGGGAAUGGGAAGGGACCAAGACUGGCUGUUGAACCAGAUGGGCUCACUGCAGCCAAGAAGCCCGGCCUGCCCUGUCAGUAGAUCUGCCGUCACUCUGUCUUGUUUGGAUCAGGACUCAGACAGACUACAGGAGAUGAUCUACAGAGAGCACAAAUGUUCCCCAGAGCUGCUGACCAACAUCCACACAGAAGACAACAGCGACUCCUCCUGUAACAGCUCCGAUGGCGUCCUGGUCAACUUCUGCGCCAUCUACAACAAAAGCAACAAUCCUGCCACACCUCAGGAUCUCAGCAGUCCUGUUGCUGACCCCUGUCCGUCACGGGCGGGGUCCGUGUUCCUCAACCUUCAACCCGUUCCUCAACAGGCCAAGAAAGAAGAAGCUGACCCCACUCCAUUCAGCCUAGAUUCAAACUGCAACCUUUACUCGUCGGAGCCAGUGGCUCCUUGUCUCACUUCACUGGAGGUUACAGACCUGGCCGCAUGUAUCCAAAGCCAGGACACGCUGGCCAUGGGGACAAACCAGAAGUACUACAAGCUUGUGAGCUGUGACCUCUCGUCCCAGUCACCAAGCCCGGCUUGGUCUAGUCUCACCAGCUGUCUCGAAGGGCCUGACAGAAGUAGCAUCACCCUGCCUCCUCUUGACUCCAAAAAGGAAGGACCACUCAAAGUAAACUUGGAGGCAAGCGAUCACCAGGUUGCCACCACCUCCACUGACAUAGCCCCCUGCAGGGAGCAACAUUUGCACGGCACCCGGAGCUUCUCCCACACUCCUUGUUCACUGUGCCGCAGCCAUAGUAGCCCACAUAGUAGUAAAUGCCAAGAAACAGGAGUGGAAUCCACCCAGCCAUCUGUGAUUCAGGACACAGAGUACAAUGAUGCAGAUGCAGCGGAAACGGGUGUUUGGUCCUUUGACAAGGAAGUGGUGCGUUACAGUAAGCCACAAAGGCCAACCUCUUUGCCCAUCCAGCCAUUCGUUCUGCUCCCCACAGAAAAGCCACAGUUCCAGGCCCAACAACAACACCUAGGAGGCCUGCUUGAGCAGUACCUAAACCAAAAGAGCAACAAGCCUGCUAGCUCCCAGAACGGCCGCAAGUUCAGGGAGAAAACAAGUCAGUGUGUAUCCGACCUGCAGCCAUCACCAAUGGAGAGUCUCUGCCCGGUGUUUCUGGAGGCAGCUUCCAGCUCUGAUACCUGCUCCACCUGCACCCCCAGCCCGAAAUGCUUCAGCCGCAGAAACAUGUGGAGUCAACAGUCCCAGCGAACAUCACAUGAGUCUACCCUAAAGGCCAUUGUUCAACAUUUAGAAAAACCAAGCCUAAACUCUGGCACGCCAAACAAUCAACCCAAUCUUUUUAGCGUUCCCGUCUACCAGGACCUGAUCACCCUUCGACCAGAGGGAAACCAAGUCACUCCUGAACCCAAAAUUACUAACGAGAAAAACACAGAUCUCCACUCAGAACCCUCCCAUAUGUUACCAAUAACACCUGAAUGCCCUGACCCAAAUCUAAGCGUCUCUCUGUCACCUCCCGAAGCCUCGCGACCACAGCCGCAGCUCCAGCAGGAUUCGGCCUUCGCUGCUGCAGCUUGCAUCUCCUCCGUGAGCUCCUUCCUCUCCUCAGGCCUGCAUCCCAAGCGAACCGAAGAAGCUGCAACGCUCAGCCCAAAGCCGACACAGGGUCAGCACAGCCGGUCUCUGAUCCUGAGCGACAGGCCGCCCGCCGAGUUCUGCCUCUCGCUGGAUACGUCGUACGAAUCGAUGUCCAUCAGUCAUCUUCAGAGGAAAGGUCUGCUGAGAGCUGUGAGCAGUGCUGUGGAUUUGAUCACGGCUCAUUUUGGAAGUAGCAGAGACCCCGAAGAAAAGAUGCGUCUGGGUAACAGCUCUUACAGUCCCACCAUAGCGGGCCUCGUCCUAGAACAUUUGUGCCCUGCAAUCCAGAACAUUUUAGAGGACGGGCUGAGGGACCAUAAGCUGGAUUUCAUAGUCGGGCAGCGCCGCAAUCACUCCUGGCGUGUGGUGGAGAUCUCCACCAGAAUAGGUCCGUCCACCAAGGUCCUUUACAGCCUCGUUUCCAAAAUAAAGCGGUGCUCCCAGCUCACUAGCCACUGUAUGAGACUGAGAGCCUUCCUGAUGGGCCUUCUCAACUUGAGGGCUUUGGAGUUCUGGCUCAGUCACCUGCGGAGUCAAAAAGAUGUCGUUACCACUCACUACCACACCUGGGGGUUCCUGUUCACGUCACUGACUCGCUCUCAGCCCCUCUUCCAGGAGCUGCUCCUCCUCCUCCAGCCGCUCUCAGUGCUGCCCUUUGACCUAAACCUGCUCCUGGAGCCGCGGCUCUUAUGUCGCAGACAGCUGUGUACGGGGGAGCACGACACCCUCCCGCUUCAGCCAAGCUCGGCCCUGCUGGUGACCAGCUGGCCUGAGCUACGAGCCCACAGAGAGGUGGAGGACAGCAGGCGAAUCAGUCAAACCCACCGGGGAGAGCGGGAGAUUCUCGGGUCUCAGAGUUCAAGUUGCCGCAAGCAGGAUUACGGGACCGUGCAAACCGACGGGGGUCCGCUUUUGGCUUCGGUUCCAGACUCAUCACUGCCAAACAAGAUGGAUUUUGUGCACAGUGUAGCAAAAGCGGUGAACUUCAGCCUAGAUCAUAGAAGCACUUUGUUUCAAACACACGCGUAUGGCGGGAAGGAGGAGAGAGAAGCAGGAAAAGAUCGAGGGGGCCAAAACGCAACAACGUUCAUCCAGGGAGAGAGUCCCUCUCAAAGCGGCCUGCGGUGGGCCAAGCUGUUCGGAGCAGCUGCUGUUUCUACCAGAGCGGAGAAAACUCCCCAGCUUCAUACUGAAGCACCAAAACGAAGGCGACCAUCUCAGUGGCUGCACUUGGACAGGUCGCAGAUCGGACUUUUGGUCCAAUCCAUUAGAUCCAUGAAGCUGGGGGGAGCUCAGAUUGACUCUGGGAGCUGAAAACUGAAC